AUGAAUCCCACCAGCUUCUUCCUCCUUACAUUGCUCCUGGUUCUGGUGACAGAAGCAUCUGCAAGGAGACCCCGUGAAAAGUUCUCACAAUCAUCUGAAGAAUAUUCUAGUGAAAUCUCGGAAGUAGGCGGGAGCAGUGGUGGAUCAAGUUCUGCCAAUGAGGAAUAUAGCCGGAGUGAGAGCUCAUGGAAUUCCUUUAAAUCAAAAAUUCCAAAAAGUGGCUUCAGUGAGGAAGGCUCGUGGAGUUCCUCUAAAUCAAAAAAUCCAAAGAGCAGCAUCAGUGAGGAAGGCUCAUGGAGCAGCUUUAAGUCAAAAAGUGCAAAAAGCAGUGUCGGUGAGGAAAGCUCUGAUGGUGACAGAGCCAGCGAGUCUGCAGGGGAAAUAGAGCGGUCUUACACACGGAGAAAGGAAAAGCAACGGUUUAGACAAGAAGUAGCUAAGUGAUACGACCAUGGACCAGCUGAAGAUCCGGAUCAAUACAAAGGAGUCACCUUGUCUGGAUGAAGCCUGUGAUAUCUUCAGAAUGGAGACUCCUGUGAAGUCCC